UUCCUCCAUCCAACAAGAAAAUGAAAGGAAAAAAAUAAAAGAAAAAGAAAACAAAAUAAGGAAAAGAAGAGAAGAAUGAAAGCUCCAGAAAUAUCCAAAACAACACCCUCCUCUCCCUCUUCCUUGCUUGAUGCACUCAAUAUGAACAUUUUGAAGAAGAAACCCAGAAUAUCAAGCUAAUUGCCGAUGUGGCUCUGUUCUUCGCACUCCGGCGAGGUCUCCGACGUCUUCGUACUCCGGCGAGGUCUUCGACGUCUCCGUCUCCCGCCGGUGACUAAUUUCUACUCCUUUUCUCUCCAAUUUUCUUUUUUGUCUAUGUAUAAGAAAAUCUAUGUCAUUCUUUUCUAACUUUGGUUGUUUAAUCGAGUAUGUGGUCGAUAAAUUUUUCAAUUUUUUUCCACUGCUGUUGCUGUGUCUUGCUAUGGUGAUAAAUUUGAUUGUGUGACUGGAAAUAUUAAUUGGAAAAUUGAAAUUAUUGAUUACAAAUUGGCAGGCUGGUUAGUGAUUAUUUUGGGAAAAUGCAGUUUGAUGUGAGAUUACUGAUAAUUAAAAUUGGUAGAAACUACGGAGUAGAAAAAUGCAGUGGAUGUGAAAUUAUGCUUAGAUGCUAACAAAUUACUGAUUACAAAUUUGUAUUGAUGUGGUAUUCUAAAAAGCAAAGUGUCCAGAUUAGUAGUAGCAUCUCUACCAUCUGUUUCUUCUAAGUUUGUUAAAAUGUAUGGAUUUUAUUUUUUUGAUUCUUUCAAAAUAGGGUAUGCAAAAUUACUAAUUAUUUAGGAAAAUGCAGUUGAUGUGAAAUACUGAUCACAAUUGGAAAAAUAAAUUACUGAAAGGAAACCCAUUACAUGUGAAAGGAAAUGAAUGUACCUAGCAAGUCCAAAACUGUCACUACUGCACGUCUGCACUACUGCUUAGCUGCAGUAAUUGAACAAUUGACAACAUGAAGAAAUAAUUGAACUAUCCAUGGCCCAUGUGAAUAAUUGAACUUGAUAAUCUGAAAGUUUGACCUGGUCUUUGUAUUGUUGGUCACCAUUUUCACCAGAACUUGCUAUUUUCUGCAUUAUCACUCUCUCACUUUCUCUCUCUCUCUACACCAUUUUCACCUCAACUUUCAUAAACAUGGAAAUUGCUGGAAUGGUCUUGUCUGCUGCUCAAACAUUGUUUGCAGCUCUACAGUGUAAUGAGGUCAAACAAAUUUGCUCCAUCCUUGGAUGCAAAUCCCAACUUAAUGAUCUCAGUGGCACCGUCGUCAGAAUCAAAGCUGCUCUCGAGGAUGCUGAAGCCAAGCAAGACCUAUCCAAGCAAGACCGGUUGUUUAUCGAGGAACUCAAAGAUGCAGUUUAUGAUGCUGAUGAUCUCUUCGACGAGUUUGUCACUCUUGCUGAACAGGAGAAGCUUACUAAGGGUAUCAAGGUUCGUGUCCUUGCUUUAUUCGGCAAGUAUGGGAAGGCUUAUAAGAUGGCUCAAGAGGUUAAGAUGAUCAAGAAAAAGUUGGAUGCCAUUGCUUUUGAUACUCGUUUCAACUUCAACAUUGAUCCUAAGCCUAUCAGGGAUAGAAGGCUUGAAACCUGUUCUUAUGUGUACGAAGCUGAUAUCAUUGGAAGAGAGUCUGAUUUGGAGAAAAUUGUUGGUGUGUUGCUAGAUCCUAUUGUUCAACAAAAUGUAUCUUUCCUCCCUAUUGUAGGGAUGGGUGGAUUGGGCAAAACUGCUCUUGCCCAACUCGUGUUUAACAAUGCUAGGGUCAAAAAUGCAUUUCCAAUGAGGUUAUGGACUUGUGUCGCUGAUGAAAAUCAGGAAUCUCUUGAUGUAAAAGCGGUUCUUGGUAAGAUUCUAGCUUCGGCUAAUAAGGGUCAUAUGAAGAAUGAGGGAUGUACCAUGGAUGGGUUGCAAAGCCAACUUCGAGAACAACUUGCUGGAAAAAAAUACUUGCUUGUUUUGGAUGAUGUGUGGACUGAAAAUUCUGAACAAUGGCGUAUAUUGACACAAUUUUUGAUGGGAGGUGAAAGGGGAAGUUGGAUUGUCGUAACUACACGCUCAAAGAAGACAACAAGAAUCAUAGUAGGAGACAGUCCAAGGCACGAGCUGCAAGGUUUGUCCAAGGAUAAUUCGUGGUGUUUAUUUAAAAGGGUAGCAUUUGGAUCCCAGCACGCAAACCCUCCUGAAGACUUGGUUAAACUUGGUGAAGAUAUUGUCGUGAGAUGUGCUAAUGUCCCUCUCGCAAUUAGAGUGGUGGGAAGUCUUCUUUAUGACCAAGAUAAACAUAAGUGGCUUUCUGUUCAGAAGUUGGGAUUAGCGAAAGUUGAUGGAAGCAAAGAUGGCAUCAUUCCUAUAUUGAAACUUAGUUAUUAUCAGCUUGAUACCCCACUAAAGUGUUGCUUUGGGUAUUGUGCGAUCUUCCCUAAAGACCAUCGCAUUUUGAAGUUGGAAUUGAUUCGGCUCUGGAUGGCACAAGGCUACAUUCAGCUAGAUGGUCGUCAUUUGAAUAUGGAAGAUGUCGCUGAGGAAUUUUUUUCAAUCCUGUUGCAGAGGUGUUUUUUCCAAGACGUGGGGAAAGAUGAAGAGGGUGGUAUUCAAUCAUUUAAGAUGCAUGAUUUGAUGCACGAUCUUGCUCAAGAAGUCGUAAGAAAGGAGAUUUGCAUAGUGAAUACCAUAAAUGGAGAAGUGGAUAAAAAAGUUCGCCAUCUAUCUGUUUUUAACACUGGAUCUUCAAGUUUAUCUUUUACUAAGACCCAUAUACGUUCAUUUCUUUCUUUAGAUGACAAGAUAGGCGUGUCCUGUGUUGGUGCAUUACUAGCUAACUGGAAGUAUCUGAGGGCUUUGUUCUUGAAAGAUUCAGAAAUAGAGAGUUUGCCGGGCUCAAUUGGUGAGCUGAUACAUUUAAGAUAUCUAGACCUCUCGAACAACAAAAACCUAGAAGUUCUCCCAGAACCAAUUACCAAACUGCAUAAUCUUCAGAUAUUAAAUUUAAUCCUCUGUUCAAGUUUGAAAGAGUUGCCGAAAGAUUUGAGCAAGCUAGUUAAACUGAGGGUCUUGGACUUGAGCGAGUGUAAUGUGUUGAGUUAUAUGCCAAGGGGCAUGGGUAAGUUGACUUGCCUUCACACGCUUAAUAAGUUUGUCGUGGGAGAUACGAGAUCAAACAAGGAGUUGUUUUCUGGGCUAGAAGACCUGAAAGCUCUUAGGAACCUGAAAGGUUUUCUUGAAAUCAACAUACCCUUCACGAACACGGGAGUAAAUGCUGGCAUGAAAAAUGGUGGUAGAGAGGGAGGCUGCUUGGGGAACAAGGAACAUCUGAAACAGGUUUACUUUAAUUUCAGCGGUGAGGAGGGUAAGGGAAGAGUGGAGUAUAAUGAAGCAGUAAUGGGAGAGUUGCAGCCAGAGCCUAAUCUAGAGAUUUUUUUGCUGAGUGAUUAUCAUGGUGUGAGAAUGCCGUGCUGGCCAAUGGAAGAUAAAUUGGCAUCCUUUCUCCCUAAUCUUGUUAGUAUUGUAUUUUGUCGUUGUCCGUAUCUGCAGUAUUCAGGACAAUUACGGCUUCCUCUUUUGAAAACAUUAGCGGUUAAUAAUUGCCCAAAUCUAAUAGCUACUCUGCAGUGUCCUGCAUUGGAAGACCUAACUUUAAUUAAUUUCAAUAAAAAAUUUGAAUUAGUUUCAAUGAGGAGUAUAGAGAGUAAAGAAUUUGGGGAGGCUAUUCCUAGUGGUAUUCCUGCAUCUUCGUCUUCAUUUUCCUAUGAUAUUGGUCUCAAAUUAAGGGAAGUUGAAACAGACAACGUGGCAUGGCUUAAAACUCUGCUGAUGGGUGUUGUGAAGCUGAUUAUAUGGAAGGACAAUGAGGUGGAGAGUUUGGGAGAAGCUAGGGAGAUGUUCUGUAGCUCAUCGUCUUCCCUGAAAUUCUUGGUAAUUUAUGACUGCUACAAAUUGAAGAGUGUUGUGUUUGGAGGAUUAGAGCAUCUCACUGCGUUAGAGACAUUGGAAAUUUAUAAAUGUCCCAACCUGAGUCUAGAAGAAGUAGAGAGAGAGGAUGGCAUGCCAUGGCAACCCAUUCAUCACACCCUCUGCACCUUGUACUUGGACUGCCUCCCUCGGCUAGUAGAUCUGCCCAAUUGGAUACAGUACUUGACUUCCCUCAAAAACCUUAUGAUUAAGGAUUGCAAAGGACUGGAAUCCAUGCCGAAUUGGAUGUCCAAACUCACCUCCCUCGAGUUACUUAAACUCUUGCACUGCUCAGAACGCCUCAACGAAAGAUGCCGACCAUCCACUGGUGAGGAUUGGGCCCACAUUCAACAUAUACCACUUAAUGAUAUCCCAUCAGUGUACAGAAACAAGGACUUAGGUGCUGAAACUGAGUAAUAAUCUAAAGCAUUUCCCAAGUAUUGCCAAGGUAGAUCGACAUUGGUGUGUGACGUGUAGUCUAAACAGUUGUACUCAAAUCCUCUCUCUAAAAGUUAUCAAGUCAGAUGCAGGAUCACCACUUACCAUUGAAGAGAUAACCUUGAGAAACAUUUUCCAUAAAAUAGGUUAAUUGGUAUCGUACCUUGGUUAGCAAGUUCAUCUGUCGGAAGGUCAACAUAUAAGAUAUUUCUAGUGCUUUGGGUGGUCGACAGGUAGCUGUUUAGUUCGGGGUUCUGAUGUCUGAGUGAGUGCCUCGAAAUAGGAAGGAUCAUGUUGCUGGUUUUUCUGCACUGCCACAAAGGUAUAAAUAAAAGCGCAACUUUGAAACCGAGCAUAAUCAUCCCUGCUUGAUUUUCUUGCAGACUCUCUCGUACAUUUCUUUUGUUCAUUCCGCUAAUGUAAGUCGUAGAUGUCAGUAAAAUGUUUAACUAGGAUGUUAUGUGUGACAUUUUCACAAUUUGAUUUGAAAUGAAAGUUUGUAAAUUAACUGGGUUUCAAUUAUUUUAUUUACUGAAAGUUGAAUAAAAUCUUUAUUUAGCUUAUGUUAA